AUGACGAGAGACGUCGAGUUUGGUAAGCUGUAUGAUAAACACUGUAUUACUGGAAUUAGGUACAAUUAUGGUACUGCUGGUUUCAGGUACAAGGCAGAUCUGUUGGGCACGGUUCUAUUUACCACAGGUCUGUUGGCCCCUUUAAGAUCGAUGUAUUUGAAAGGUCAGUAUAUUGGUGUUAUGAUUACCGCAUCGCAUAAUCCUCCGGAGGACAAUGGAGUAAAGCUUGUUGACCCUAAGGGUGAGAUGUUGAAUCAGGACUGGGAGGUAUAUGCUACUACAUUGGCUAAUGCCGCUUCCGAGGGAAAGGAGCAGCUUAGCUAUGCAUUAGAAGAGUUGGUGAAGGAACUUGGUAUCAAUAGAGACAUUAAAGCAAACAUCAUUGUUGCAAGAGAUUCCAGAGAGUCUGGUCCUCGUUUAUACGAAGCAUUCAUCGAUGGUACGCGUGUUUUCGAAAAUGUUAAAAUACUCAAUUUCAAUAUGCUUACCACUCCUCAGCUACACUUUUUGACACUCCAAUGCAAUAUUUACGAUGAUGUAUCUAAAGUCAAUGAGGAGUUGUACUAUUCAUACCUUCUGUCGGCAUGGGCAAGCCUCGCUGACCUAUACAAAAUAGAGUCGUCCCCAUUUCCCUUGGUAAUCGACACUGCCAAUGGUGUUGGCGGUGCUAAGGCUAGAGAGCUUUUCAUGAGGAACAAAUUUUUUAAAGAUUCAUUGACAAUUAUCAAUGAUGAAUGGUCAAAACAUGAUCUAUUAAACAGUCAUUGUGGAGCUGAUUAUGUUAAGACUAAUCAGUGCCUCCCAACAGGUAUUCCAAUUUCAACUCCUCUAAAUAGUAUACAUUGCUCGUAUGAUGGUGAUGCAGAUAGAGUGAUCUUUUACUAUAAAGAUGCUCAGAAGAACUUUCAUUUAUUGGAUGGUGACAAAAUAUCCACCCUAUUUGCAAAGUUCUUCCAACAUAUACUCCCGAUUGCGGGAAUUGAAGAAAGUGUGAGAUUAGGGGUCGUUCAAACUGCUUAUGCUAAUGGUUCUUCGACUAGGUAUUUAUCAGAAGUGUUAAAGGUCCCGGUGUCUUGUACCCCUACAGGAGUCAAACAUUUGCAUCGCGAAGCGGUAUUAAAGUACGAUAUUGGAAUCUAUUUCGAAGCAAAUGGGCAUGGUACCGUUAUAUUUUCUAACAAACUUAAUGAAACCGUGAAAGAAAAGCUGGCCGACAAGACAUUGUCGAAGGAUACUACCCUAGCAUUGAAGACGAUUAAAUUGUUUUCCAAACUAAUAAAUCAAACCGUAGGUGACGCCAUGUCGGAUAUGCUGGCUGCUCUGGCUGUCUUGUGUAUCUUAAAUUGGACUCCAGAACAAUGGGAUCAAGAAUACAGUGAUUUACCAAAUACCUUAAAAAAAGCCAUUGUCCCAGAUCGGUCAGUUUUCAAGACUACAAACGCGGAGAGACAAUUGGUAUCUCCUGCUGGUCUACAGGAUCAAAUUGAUAACAUUGUAAAAACUUAUGAUGGUGCAAGACUCUUUGUUAGAGCUAGCGGGACUGAAGAUGCCGUAAGGAUUUAUGCAGAAGCUAGUACGAAAGAACAGGCCGAUGAGUUAUGUAAUAAAGUGAGCGAACUGGUCAUAGAGAGUACUUCCGCUUCAUCGCAAAUACCCACCUAA